AUGGAGGUCGAACUUCUUCGGCCAGGGACAACAAUUCCGCAUCCAACAACGGUUUCGACUGACAUCAAAUUCUUAUACUUGAAAGUAUCAAAGACUGUCCGCGAGUACUUCAAGAAGCGGAAUCGCUCCAUUCACCUAGCCAUUGACGGAUGGACUGCACCGAUAGUUGCAUCAUACCUUGGGAUUGUAGUUAUCUGGUAUGACAUGGGCAAGAUCCAUAGAGCAGUGUUGGAAUUCAUAUGUUUGAUCGCAAAAAUCUUUAUAUCAUUUUUCUUCAAACAAUACAAGUGUAAGAAAACUGUUACAGUCGCUGCAGGGACCAAGCGCAAACGGUACCAAGGUCGCACCGCUACUGCGCUGGUUGCAGAGCAGGAUGAACGGACAGUAUUAGAAGAAGAUGAUAUUCUUUCACCAGAAGAUGAUGAACUAGCACAGGUACUUGAGGAGGAGGAUAGUCAGCUCGAAGAUGAUGGACAAGCCAUUCACGAUCAGCGCAUUGUUAAGACAUUGCGUGAGCGAGCGAUCAAUGAGAUGGCCCGCAAAGGUGUUGUAAUUAGUGACAGAGAUGCGAAAGAAGCACUUGGAAUCUUUCUCAAGGUAGCUGGCCUUGCCAAGCGAGUCCACGACUCACCAGGGACACUCGGCGAGAAGUUCAAGAUCGCCAUUCAGCUUGAUGACCAGCUAACAGGUGAGAAAACAACCCUCGACCACCGUGUACCUACGCGCUGGAAUUCGGACUUCUACUGCCUUGAAGCACACAUCUACUUCAAGGUGGCUGUGCAAGCAUUGACAUCUACAGCCGUGAACAACUUGAAGGCCUUCCGGCUCAUGGAGAACCAGUGGGCCCUUGCCGAGAGACUCGUAACAGUCCUUCCUAUCUUUGAUGGUCCUACCAAGGUUUUCUCUCAUGCUGAUCUCUCGCUCAUUCCCGACGUUGUCCCCAUGCUAGAAGACCUCGAGGCUGUUACGCGGCAGCGAAACACGAGCGGCUAG